AUGCCCGCCUUCAUCAACCAAAAUAACGAUCGCUCAGUGGCCCUCCUCCAGCAGGGUGGCCCAGUCAAGUAUGCUGGCCUUAAUGGCCAGUCCCUCCUCGCCGCCGUUGUCGCUAUCGGCACCUGUGGCUUUGCCCUCUUCGGUUAUGACCAAGGUCUCAUGUCGGGUAUUAUUGCCUCGCACCAGUUCAACACCGAGUUCCCCGCCACCAAGCAGUCGUCAGCAUCCGACGUCCACACCGGUACCGUCCAGGGCUCCGUCACCUCGUGUUACGAGGUCGGCUGCUUCUUUGGUGCCCUGUUCGCCUACUUUGUCGGCGAGAAGUUUGGUCGUCGCCGCAUGAUGCUGCUUGGCGCCGUCGUCAUGAUUAUCGGAACCAUCAUCACCGUCACUGCCUUUGGCCCCGGCGCCGUUGAGCGCAAGGGCUCUGUUGGCGGCUUUGUCCAGUUCAUCAUCGGGCGUGUUAUCACUGGUCUUGGCAACGGUGCCAACACUGCCACCAUCCCCUCGUGGAUUGCCGAGACCUCCAAGGCCCACAACCGUGGUUUCCUUAUCUGUAUGGAGGCCUCGACCGUCGCGGUCGGCACUGUCAUUGCCUACUGGAUCGACUUUGGUCUCUCGUACAUCGACAGCUCGGUCUCGUGGCGUUUCCCCAUCGCCUUCCAGAUUGUCUUCGCCGUCGUCCUCGUUUGCGGUGUUCUCGUCCUCCCCGAGUCGCCCCGUUGGCUCAUCGUCCACGGUUACGACGCCGAGGCCCAGCGCGUCAUUGCCGCCCUCCGUGGCGACGCCGCUACCGAUGCCGGUGCCGUCGCCGAGAAGACCCGCAUGGCCGAGGCUAUCGAGGCCCAGGUCACCACCGGCAAGAAGUCCGAGAUCCUCAAGCAGGGCAAGAACCAGCACUUUACCCGUGCCAUGGUUGGCGCUUCCACCCAGCUGUUCCAGCAGCUCGGCGGAUGCAACGCCGUCAUCUACUACUCGACCAUUCUUUUCGAGAACCAGAUCAAGCUCCCCACUCGUCUCUCGCUCAUUCUCGGUGGUGUCCUCUCGGUCAUCUACAUGAUCUUCGCCCUCCUCUCGUUCUUCCUCGUCGAGCGUGUCGGUCGUCGUCGUCUCUUCUUCAUCGGUACCUUUGGUCAGGCUAUUGCCAUGUUCAUCACCUUCGGCUGUCUCAUGGCCAAGGACGAGAACGGCGAGGUCCCCAAGGGCGUGGCCAAGGGUGCCGCUUUCGGUCUCUUCCUCUUCAUCUCGUUCUUUGGUGCUACCUGGCUUCCGCUCCCCUGGCUCUACCCGGCCGAGCUCAACUCGAUGCCCGUCCGUACCCAGGCCAACGCCGUCUCGACCAUGACCAACUGGAUCUCCAACUUCCUUGUCGUCCAGGUUCUCCCUACCAUGACCGCCUCGAUUGGCGCCUGGACCUUCUUCCUCUUCGCCAUCGCCAACGUCAUCUUCCUGCCCUUCAUCUACUUCUUCUACCCCGAGACUACCGGCCGUACCCUUGAGGAGUUUGACGUUCUCUACGCCCACGCCCACUUCACCGGCGAGAACGUCACCAAGGUCGCCAAGACUAUGCCCAGGCUCACCCAGAGCCAGAUCCAGAUCAUGUCCGACCGCUAUGACAUCCACGGUGUCGGCGGCACCGGCAUCGAGGCUGGACAGAUGGACACCAGCAUCCCUGAGUCUGACCGCUCGUCGUCUCCUUCCCCCACCCAGACCCGCACCGGGUCGAUCGAGGAGGGCGAGAACAAGAAGCUCGAGCAGUAG